AUGACACACGGAAGAAAGCUGGUUGUUGAUGGAAAGGGCCAUGUUACUGGAAGAUUGGCUGCGUACGUAGCAAAGUCUUUGCGCGAGGGGUACAGCGUAGUGGUGCUGAGAGCGGAAGGAACUGUGUUUUCCUCACCUAUAGAGAGAAUGGUCAGUAUAUAUAAAGACAAAAAGAGAAAGAGAUGUCUGGUAAACCCAAAGAAAGGGCCUUUCCACUACAAAGAGCCGUCUAAGUGCUUCAAGAGAAUCGUGCGGGGAAUGCUCAACUACAAGGGAGCCCAGGGAGCAGCUGAUUUUGCACGGCUGAAGGUUUACGACGGAAUUCCGUUGGAGUACGAAAUGACAGAGAAAGUCGUUGUAACGCACGCGCUUGCUGAGACAAAGCUGAGCCCUGUGACGAAGACAACCACGCUUGGACAAAUCUGCGUGAGCAUGGGAUGGACUAGCGCAGGAAUCCUGCAGAAGUUCGAGGACGAGCGAAUGAAGAGGGCAGACGUUGCCCAGAGGGAGAGGGACGAGAAAGAGCAGAAGAAAAACGCGCUUUUGGAAAGCUCAGCCUUCCAGAAGGAGCUUGCUUCUCUGAUUGCCAAGAUCGAAUAA